GUCGUGCGCUUUGUCGCGGACGACGCGGCGGGCGGGGAUCAGCACGCGGAGGCCUCCGCGGCGAGGCGGGAGCCUUCGCCGGCCCCCGCGGAGAUGGCUCCGUGCAGCCGCGCUCCCAGGCGGACGACCGCCCCUCGCCCAGAGGCCUGGGGCGGCCCUUCGGAGGCGUCCUCCCUUGCAGGCUCUGGCUGCUCGCACGGGAGCCCCUCCACCGAGUCGGACGAGGACAGCGACGCGGGGGAGGUCGCCGAGGAGAGCGUGUUUGCGAAGGCGGCCCAGAGGCGGCGCACGCGGCGCAGCGUGACUGCCAACCACGGGUCCGGCCUUCCCGCGCACACCCUGCCAGCGAUGGCCACGUCCAGGCUCCUCGCACGGCGUCGAGGGUUUCUCGAUGCCGUGACGGGCGGUGCCCAGACAGCCUAG